AAAUAAAUUUUUAGUCCCCUCCCCCCAAUUCAACCUAUUCCUCUCUUAAACCCUAGCACCUGAAAUUUCAUUACUGAGAUCUAAGCUAUCCCGCAGAUUGGAACUCUUUCAUCUACGCUUGAUAUCCGUAUUUGAGGUAAACUUUGCACAUGUUCUGGAAUGGCCAACAAUUCUCAACCAUCUAGUGCCCAGCCACAUUGGCCUCCUUCAGCUGGAUCCAUGGGUCCUCAAAGUUAUGGCUCUCCCUUAUCUUCACAGUUUCGACCAGUGGCCCCAGCGCAGCAAGGACAGCACUUUGUUCCAGCUGCUUCCCAACAAUUCCGACCUGUUGGGCAAGUUCCCUCUCCAAAUGCUGGGAUGCCAGCUGUUCAAAAUUUGCAGAUGCAGUUUUCUCAGCCAAUGCAGCAGUAUCCACCCCGGCCAAAUCAACCUGGUCUUUCUACACCUUCACAACAGCCUGUACAAGUACCAUAUGGUCAAACAAACAGGCCUCUUACAUCUGAACCGCCACAGUCACAUCAAUCUGCUCCCCCUUUGAAUAGUCAAAUGCCUGGUGUAGGAGCCCCUGGAAUGCCCCCCUCUUCAACAUAUGGUUUUGUACCAUCUUCUUUUGGCCUGCCUCAGAACGUCAGCACACCUUCCCAGUUUCAGCCUAUAUCUCAAGUGCAUGCAUCUGUUGCCCCAGUUGCCAUGCAACCUUGGUUGUCAUCCGGAAAUCAGAGUAUUUCACUUGCUACACCUAUACAGCAGACUAGCCAACAGCCUCCCCUUUCUUCUGCUGAUGUGGUUGCAAAUGUUCCUAGCCUUACUCUGCAAUCUUCUGAUUGGCAAGAGCAUACAUCAGCUGAUGGAAGAAGAUACUAUUACAACAAAAAGACAAGGCAAUCUAGUUGGGAAAAGCCUCUGGAACUGAUGACACCAUUAGAGAGAGCUGAUGCAUCCACAGUUUGGAAGGAAUUCACAACUCCAGAAGGAAGAAAAUAUUAUUACAACAAGGUUACAAAGCAGUCUAAGUGGACAAUACCUGAGGAAUUGAAGUUAGCACGUGAGCAAGCUCAGGCAGCAGCUAGCCAAGGAACUCCAUCAGGCUCAGGAGUGCCUCAAGCUCCAGUUGCUGCUGUUGUCUCUGCCACUGAGAUGCCUUCUACAGCUAUUUCUUUGAUCUCCAACACUUUGCAGGAUUCAAGCCUGGUUUCAGUUAUGCCUAUUGUUAAUUCUUCACCCAAUUCAGUAUCUGGACCAACAGCUGUUCCUGUUUCACAAUCUGCUACUACAGAUGCACCUGGGACAGUGUCUGUGUCACCUUUACCUGCUGUUCCCCCGGGAGGUUCCACUGUUUCUGUUCCUUCUGUCAGUGCUAAGACAGCAGUCACAAGAAGCUUGGAACCUAUAUCAACUCAAGACACAGAUGGAGCUUCUGUUCAAGACAUUGAGGAAGCGAGAAAGGGGAUGACAACUGCUGGAAAGGUUAAUGUGACUCCAGUAGAAGAGAAAGUUCUGGAUGAUGAGCCUUUUGUAUAUGCAAAUAAGCUGGAGGCAAAAAAUGCUUUCAAAUUUCUCCUUGAAUCUGCAAAUGUGCAAUCUGAUUGGACUUGGGAGCAGGCAAUGAGAGAAAUAAUUAAUGACAAAAGGUAUGGUGCUCUGAAGACACUUGGUGAGCGGAAGCAAGCCUUUAAUGAGUAUUUGGGUCAAAGAAAAAAGUUAGAAGCCGAGGAAAGGCGAAUGAGACAGAAGAAGGCUCGGGAGGAGUUUACAGAAAUGCUGGAAGAGUCCAAGGAACUAACAUCAUCCAUGAGAUGGAGCAAAGCUCAAAGUUUGUUUGAAAAUGAUGAGCGGUUUAAGGCUGUUGAACGUGCCAGAGAUCGGGAAGAUCUUUUUGAAAGCUAUAUAGUGGAUCUUGAGAGGAAGGAAAGGGAACAUGCUGCAGAGGAAAAAAGGCGUAAUAUAGCAGAAUAUAGAAAAUUUCUGGAAUCUUGUGAUUUUAUUAAGUCAAACAGCCAGUGGAGGAAAGUUCAAGAUCGUUUGGAGGAUGAUGAAAGAUGCUCUCGUCUUGAAAAAAUUGACCGGCUGCUCAUAUUCCAGGACUACAUUCAUGACUUAGAGAAGGAAGAAGAGGAAAAAAAGAAGAUGCAAAAGGAACAAUUGAGACGUGCUGAGCGCAAAAACCGUGAUGCAUUUCGUAAGCUAAUGGAAGAUCAUGUUGCUGAUGGCACCCUUACGGCUAGAACUUAUUGGCGAGAUUAUUGUUUGAAGGUGAAAGAUUUGCCUCAAUAUCUUGCUGUUGCAUCUAACACAUCUGGUUCAACACCAAAAGAUUUGUUCGAGGAUGUUGCUGAAGAAUUAGAAAAACAGUAUCAUGAAGACAAAACCCGUAUAAAAGAUGCAAUGAAGUCGGGGAAGAUUUCCAUGGUUUAUUCAUGGACAUUUGAAGACUUCAAGGCUGCUAUUUCAGAAGAAGUUGGUUCCUCACUGAUAUCAGAUAUUAAAUUAAAGCUUGUGUAUGAUGAGUUACUUGAGAGAGCCAAGGAGAAGGAGGAGAAAGAGGCUAAAAAACGUCAGCGUCUAGCUGAUGACUUCACUAAACUAUUGCAUACCUAUAAGGAGAUAACGACAUCUUCUAAUUGGGAGGAUUCCAAACCACUUUUUGAAGAAAGCCAAGAAUAUAGAUUCUCUCCCCGGUUUCCUGCCAUGCUUUUUGUUAGAUCAAUUGCAGAAGAGAGCAGUAGGAGAGAGAUCUUUGAGGAAUACAUUGCACACUUACAGGAGAAAGCUAAAGAUAAGGAGCGAAAACGAGUGGAGGAAAAGGCUAAAAGGGAGAAAGAUAAAGAAGAUAAAGAGAAAAGGAAGGAGAAGGAGAGAAAGGAGAAGGAAAGAGAACGUGAAAGGGAAAAGGGUAAGGAUCGAACUAAAAAGGAUGAGACAGACAGUGAGAAUUUAGAUAUAUCUGACAGCUAUGGCCAUAAAGAAGAGAAGAAAAAGGACAGGGAAAAAGACAGGAAACAACACCGUAAACGUCAUCAAAGCACCGCUGAUGAUGGGAGUUCGGACAAGGAUGAUAGAGAGGAGUCCAAGAAGUCUCGGAGACAUGGCAGCGACCGUAAGAAAUCAAGAAAGCAUGCUCAUUCACCCGAAUCUGAGAGUGAAAGCCGGCAUAAAAAGCACAAGAGAGAUCGUGAUGGGUCACGUAGAAACAGCGGUUAUGAGGAUCUCGAAGAUGGUGAAGUUGGUGAGGAUGGUGAAAUUCAGUAGUUUCAUGUUUGCCUUUAUCAUAAAAAAUGCCAAGAAACAAAAUGGUGGAGCUAGUUCUUGAAGAUUUUAUUGCUACAUACAUUGUUUUUCUUUUUCACAAUCAGAGUAAUUGUCGACUCUAAUCACUUGGAACUUUCAACCCUUUUUCUUAAGCACGACAAUAAAAGGAAGAAAAAAGACUCGAAGUUAGUAAA